AUGGACAGGCCCCGGGCCCUGAGCCUGCUCUUGGUGCUGCUGACUCUCUGCAUCACUGCUGGGACUCCUGAGGUGUGGGUGCAGGUUCAGAUGGAGGCCACCGAGUCCCCGUCCUUCACUGUCCGCUGUGGAUUCCUGGGAUCUGGCUCUAUCUCCCUGGUGACUGUGAGCUACGGGGGCCCCGAUGGUGCUGGAGAGACCACGCUGGCUGUGUUGCACCCAAAGCUCGGCACCCAGCACUGGAACCCUGCCUGCCGGGCCCACUGGGAAACCAGAACCAGCAUCUCCCUCACCUUGGAAGGGUCCGAGGCGAGAAGCUCCAGUCCCAACACCACCUUCUGCUGCAAGUUUACUUCCUUCCCCGAGGGCUCCCAGGAGGCCUGUGGGAACAUCUCCCUCAGCCCAGACCAAGGGCUCCCUGCUCCUACUCCAGCCACCAUGCUGCGAGCUGACCUGGCUGGGAUCUUGGGGGUUUCGGGGGUCCUCCUCUUUGGCUGCGUCUACCUCCUCUACCUCCUGUGUCAGCAAAGGCACUGGUCUGUCAUGAAGCUUCAGCCACCCAGCAACAGCAACCCCCAGACACAGAGGAGAGCAAGUGCAGCCGGCCAAGCCUCCCUGACCUCUCUCCACAUCCCCUAUGCCACCAUCAACACUAGCUACUUCAGCCCGGCAACUCUGCACCGGGUCCUCCCACCUCAGCCCCUGCCCAGGUGGGCGCCGCUCCCCAGCCAGAGCCCCGUACCCUGGGCACCCCUGCCGGCCUCCGCUCGCAGCAGCUUCAUCUCUGUUGAGAACCGACUCUACGCUCAAGCAGAAAAGGGGCCUCUCCACGCCGGCACCGACCUCAUCCCGCUCCCGGACUGUCUGGAGCGCAGAGCCAUGGAGGGGCGUUAG